AUAUAUAGCCCGCACCGAGGCCAAGCCUGCCGUGCCGUGCCGUGCCGUGCGCGACCCAAACCCUGUGCAGUGCUCCCAUCGGAUUCUUGCCUCCCACGCCGCCGCCGCCGCCGCCGCCACCGCCGGAUUCCGCGAUGGCCGACCCGCGGCCGUACUCCACGAUGUACGGGACCGACGACCGACGCGACGCCGCCAUCCCGGCCUCCGCCUCCGAGCGCCGCCUUUACAACCCGUACCAGGACCUCAACAUGCCCUACCGGCAGCUCUACGACCUCCCCACCUCCCCGGAGUUCCUCUUCCAGGAGGAGGCGGCCGCGCAGCGCCGGUCCUGGGGCGAGAACCUCACCUACUACACGGGCGUCGGCUACCUCGGCGGCGCCGUGGCUGGGGCCACGCUGGGGCUCCGCGACGCCGCCCGCGGCGCCGAGCCCGGCGAGCCCGCCAAGAUCCGCGCCAACCGCGUCCUCAACUCCUGCGGCUCCUCGGGCCGCCGCGUCGGUAACACGCUCGGGGUCAUCGGCCUCAUGUACGCCGGGAUCGAGAGCGCCAUGGUCGCCGCGCGCGACCGCGACGACUGGAUCAACAGCGUCGCGGCCGGCCUAGGCACCGGCGCGCUCUUCCGGGCCGCCAACGGGCCGCGCUCGGCGGUCGUCGCCGGGGCCGUUGGUGGCGUUCUAGCUGGCGCCGCCGCGGCCGCCAAGCAGGUUGGGAAGAGAUACGUCCCUGCGCUCUGAAUCCCAUUGCGGUACUCUCCCUGCUCUUGCUGCCGUGAUCAAAGUCAAAACCAAUUCGUCGCUUGGAUGUCGUUUCUUUAAUUAUUUGGGAGGAGGCAUGUUCUUCUCAACACUCCUAUAUAUUGUUGACAGCCAUAUGCUUGUACUACUUAUGUCAACGAUCUGCUCUCAUCAGAUCACGAAAGUUUUGAUCUGCCUUGCAAUGUAACAUUAGCUGCUAGCUGGUAGCGACACAGUAAUACUGCCUUUUGCAUUAUGCUGGAGAAUUCAUGACAUUGUGAAAUGUGUCGCUAGAUUGUCGCCAGUGUUCUAUCACUAUGUUUUUUGCCUUA